AUAUUCUCACAACAAAUCAACAAUGAAGCAUAUAUUUUUUUUGAUUAUUAUUUUUACUUUUUCAUUAUCUAUUGAAGCAGCGGAUAAUGAAUAUUUUUCAAAAUUCAUUGCAGCAACGCAACAAUGUAUGGAAAAUAAUAAAGUUGAUGAUAGCAUUUUGAGUCGUGUUCUUGAAGGUGAAAUGGUUGAUGAUAAAUCAUUUGAUUGUUUUGUUGCAUGUCUUCUUGAAAAACUUGAAUUGAUAGGAUCAGAUGGAUCAUUAAAUACAGAUGCUGCUAUUUCAAAAAUUCCGGCAGACAUUAAAAUACAUGAUCAACUUGAAAAAGUUGUUCGUACUUGCAGUACUCGAAAGGGAGAAGAUAAGUGUAGCACUGCUCAUAUGUUAUUUGUAUGCUUACAUGAAAAUGACGUUCCUGCACUACUUCUUGGUUCAUAAAUUGAUACUUAAUGAUUAUUAUUAUAAAUGGACCUGGAUGACAAAAUUUUGUAUAAUUUGAUAAAUACCAAUAAAUUGUAUUUUAAUUAAAAUUCAAUUAAAUACAUUUUAAUAUUUUAAAGAUUAA